GUGUUGUUACUGUGUCGAGGGCUGCCGUGGUGUCGCGUCGUGUCGCGCAGUGAUGAAGGCAGAGGGAGCGAGGAUGCGAUGGUCUGUUUGAAAUACGCUGCAGCCGCUCUCGUUCCUCCGCUCGCCCGCCUGUCGCAUCGCCCCGAAUGUGUUCACUUCCAAGUCAUUAAGUCAGCCUUUGUUGUUUUCUUUGUUAUCGCUCUUAAAUGUUAAGCUUCAAUGAAGGAUGGACCCUGACGAUGUGACAAUCAGAGAGCAAAACUUUCACAGCCAGGUCCGGGAGUACAUUAUUUGCUUCCUUUUGUUUACCAUUCUUUACACGAUCUCCUACUUCAUUAUCACCAAAUACAAGAGGAAACCAGAUGAUCAUGAGGAUGAAGAUGCCAUUGUGAACAGAAUUUCGUUGUUCCUCUGCACGUUUACCUUGGCAGUUUCAGCUGGUGCAGUCUUGUUGUUGCCAUUUUCUAUCAUCAGCAAUGAGAUCCUGCUUUCUUUCCCACAAACUUACUACAUACAAUGGCUAAAUGGGUCAUUAAUUCGCGGUCUAUGGAAUCUUGUAUCACUUUUCUCCAACCUUUCUUUAUUUGUGCUGAUGCCUUUUGCCUACUUUUUCUUGGAAUCUGAAGGAUUUGCUGGAUCAAAAAAGGGAAUCAAAGCACGAAUUCUUGAGACUCUGGUCAUGCUUAUACUUCUUGGGCUCCUUAUUUUGGGUAUAGUUUGGGUGGCUUCUGCCUUGAUCGAUAACGAUGCUGCCAGCAUGGAAUCUUUGUAUGAUCUUUGGGAAUUUUAUCUUCCCUAUUUGUAUUCCUGCAUCUCGUUGAUGGGUGGUUUACUGUUAUUGCUGUGCACUCCGGUUGGUCUCUCCAGAAUGUUUACAGUUAUGGGGCAGUUGCUUGUGAAGCCAACGAUUUUAGAGGACCUGGAUGAACAAAUCUAUUGCGUUGGCCUUCAGGAGGAAGCACUGAAAAGAAGAUUUAAUGGUGCUUACAUGACAUCCUACUUAAAAUAUAACUCUGAGGAUCUUGAACAGGAAUUAGAUCGUGUAAGAAGCAAGAAAUCAAAGCUUGAGCGUCGCAAGAAAGCUUCUGCAUGGGAAAGGAAUUUGGUUUAUCCUGUUGUCAUGCUGAUACUAUUGGCUGGAACGACCUUCUCUGUCCUUCUGGUUGCUUUCAAUAUCCUUGCUCUGUUGGUUGAUGAAACGGCAAUGCCAAAAGGAUCGCAGGAACUAGGCCUUGGAAAAGCCUCUCUGUCUGCAUUUGGGAUUGUUGGUGCGGCGAUUGAAAUCAUCCUGAUUUUCUAUCUGAUGGUCUCCUCUGUCGUCGGCUUCUAUAGCCUCCGGUUCUUUGCAGACCUCGCUCCCACAAAAGAUGACACAACCAUGACAAAGAUCAUUGGAAAUUGUGUUUCAAUAUUGGUUCUUAGCUCAGCAUUACCUGUUAUGUCAAGAACUUUGGGAAUCACCAGAUUUGACCUACUUGGAGACUUUGGAAGGUUUAAUUGGCUUGGCAACUUUUACAUUGUAGUCUCAUACAAUCUGUUAUUUGCUGUGGUGACGACUUUAUGCCUGAUUAAAAAAUUUACAUCUGCUGUAAGAGGAGAACUGCUUCAAGCUUUAGGUCUGAAUAAUUUACAUCUUUCAAAUAGGACGCAAGAUACAGAGAAGGUCCUGCAUUCUGCAAAUGGACAUCAAAAAUCGUUCUGAGAAGCGAUAUCUGGCAAAUUAAAGACAAUUUUAAGUGUGCAUAGAGGAGGGAGGGGGAAGCAAAGGAUUCAGCUAUAUGACAUUCCACUCCACCCAUCUUGAGUCUUAAUGGUCAUUUAUUUUCAGAUGCAAUGAAGAAUCAACGAAGGGUUCAGUUGUGAGAAAAUUCAAACUUGGACACGCGCAGGAAGUAAAUGUCUGGGACUCCAUGCUUUGCCAUCAAAUUCUGAAUACUACUGAAUAUGUUUGGCUUGGACUGUGAUGCAGCAUUCAGAGUAACCACUACAAAUCAUCCUAUUACGAUUUGGGAUCCUUUCGGGAAUGAUUGGUCUGUCAGUCACUGAAACAUUAGUGUAACCGGCUCCUGGACUGCUUCUGGAAAUGUCUUUACAACAAAUGUGCUCUUGCAGAGAUCCUUGGAAUUCUGGCUGUUCUGUUGAUAUUGUGGAGCUGUUGCCAUUUACUGCUUUAGAACAGAAUCUACAAUAUUUCAGCUGAUCCAACCUUGACUCUAUGCUAAUUUUGGUCCUGUUCACAUUCUUUAGCUCAAUACAGCAGUAUAAGCUUUAGCAUAAAGAAAAUCUGUUUUGUUUGUUGCCUCCACUCUUCUAUCAUAUUAAAACCAAUUUGUUUUCAAUCUUCCAUUACAAAACACAAAAAUAGGUGGUUGGAUUUUUUGAUUAAUAAAACCCAAAUGGCAUUCGGAUAGGUAUUAAGUGAAUGAUCUUUUAUGCCAGCAAUUGCAAAGCUGUGUCCUUGCAAAUUCAAAGCAAUCCAGGUACCAGUUGGUUGCUCUCAGAUCUAUCUUGGCUAAUCGGCUGUCCGGGAACGUUUGGUUGCUGUGCAGAUUCUGCUGGCUUUUCCAUUCAAGUUUAUGGGUCAGCUAGAAAUUUGUAUUCAUCUGUUUGAAGUAUUACUUUUACGUUUAUAAUUCCCUUGGACCAAUAAUAAAGGUAUUUAUUGUCUUGG